UUUCGUUGAUAUAUCGAGUAAGAGCAGUGUCUAAAUGUAUUAAUUGUGAGGAAUCAGUCUUCUUUCUGCCCACUUUUCAGCAUUAGAGAUAAUUAAAUGUCAAGCUGGUUGUUUAAAAGAAGUAUUAUGGAAUUCCCAUUGUUGUAUCUCGCUUGAGUAGACUAAUAAAUAUUGAGAAGUAUCACAUGUGAAAUGAAAUAUAUCAGUGAAUGAAUAGUGAGUUAGUUAACUGGGUGUCGAUGGUAUUCGGGUUUUUUAUCUCUCUGUUGCUGAAGUCGACUAUUCAUGGAUUUGUCAAUUAGCUGAUCUCAAUCAUUUUUCUGUUCCUGACAAACAUUGAUAUGGUCAUCAAUCACACUAAUAAUAAUUUAAUUUGCAUACCUUGUUCGCAUAUGCUUUAUGGUGUGGUUUCUUGUUGGUCGCUGUACUAAAAAGUGAAUUCUGUGAUCUUUAUUUGUCUUGUUAAUCCACAUGAGAUCAAUUCUAGUAUAACCGAGCACCAAUAAAUCUACGAAGCUUAGAGAGAGUUGGCUUGUAGUUUUUUGCAUAGUGUUAGGUACUCUCAUGGAUGUCUUAGUACUUUUUAUCAUAAUUCUAACUGAACACUUGUGACAGUACGUUGAACCUCAAAACCAUGCGAGGGCCCGCAAGCAGAGCUCUUGACGAGGCAGCUGCUAUACCGUUGCCUGUUGUCAAGUCAUUGUUGGGUCCCUACCUGGUUUUCUUAUCCUCCACAGUGAAUGGAUAUGAAGGCACUGGCCGCUCUUUGUCUCUGAAGCUUGUUAGUCAUUUGGAAAAGCAGAGUCACAACCCUGCCACUGGUGUGAUUUCAGGAAAUUCUGGUUUGGUUUUCUUUACGUGGUGUGCACAGAAGGGCCAGAGAGAAUUAGAGAAUUGAUUGCAAUGGGUGCUUCCUUUGAUCAUGGCGAUGAUGGAAAUUUGCACUUAGCAAGGGAAGGGUGGCCACUCUCAUCACAGAAUUUUACAAUCGAUCUAUUGACUUCCCAGGUUUAAUUUCUUCAAGUCAUUUUUCUGUUGCCGCUCUUUGGCUCACAUUAUAUGGUUUAGCAUCCUAAACAAAAGAACCAUAUUGAGUUAUUGUCAAUUAGAUUGUUUUUAUAUUUGGGUCCUAUCUCUCAGUACAUAAGGAUCAAUGUGUGCAUUCUGUGAACUCAUGUCAUCCAUUAGGCAAACCUAAUUUAACGCUGUUAAUGACCGUAAGUGGAAUUGUUUUUGGUCAAAUUUGUAAUCAUUCUGGUGGAAUUUUUGGAAAUUUCACUAAGGUGUUAAAUGAACAGAUAUAUGCUUACAGGUAGUUUCAGAAAAGCACCAACUUAAGGGUGAAAGUUAACAAACUGUUCCCAAGAUGUCGGCAGUUUGGAUUUGCUUUAUAAUAAAUAAAAAAUGAUUAACAAAGAUGAUUUCGUAAAAAGAGCAACGAAGAAUGACGUGGUCACAUUACUUGGGCGAGUUGUUACUCUCAGACAGUCACCGCGAAUUCGUGGGCAAAAUAACUUGUCUGAGGAUGAUUAUUUAGCUUUGGAUAAGUUCUGAUUCUUUCCAGGAAUCAUAUGAAUAUUCUGAGAACUUUCAAGUAGGGUGGGUUAGUGGGUUAUUGUUGGUGUUUUUUUUUGUUUUUGUUGCUUGUCUGCGUAUAUUCAGUGUUAUUUGUUCUGCAUAUAUUAAGUACAUGUCAUUAUUUGUUCUGCAUGUUAAAUAAAUGUUGUGAGAUGCAUGGGUAGUGCGUUGCAUUUAUGGCUGCUUUGUCUGAACAGCUUAUAUGCGCUCCCUUUAUGCGUUAAUGCUCUCUCUUGACUUUUCUUCUCACAUGUCUGCCUUGUUUGCUUUUUUUUGCUGAGGCUGAAGCUGAAGCUGUUCCCACAAAGACUACACUUAGAUCAGAUCAUGGAGAGGAGUUUAGGAGGCAGCACCAAGCUGAACGUGCUGGUGGAGGUGCAGGGGUGGGAGAUAAUCGCUCAGCACGGAGAUCUUUACUUUUGGUCUGUAUUGGGUACUUAAUAUAAAUUAUUAGAAAUACAAUGAUUGUUUCCCGUAUUGUAAGAUUUAUAUUGGUUAUUGUCCUUAUGUUUUAAGCCUUAUCUAGUAAUGAGUUGACCA